AAUUAAUUGAAUCACAAUUUUAGUUUUCUUUGUUCUUAUAAUAAUUCUGAAGCCCGGGCCCACAAAAACAAGAGGGUUUGGUUCGAGUUCUCGGAUCCGGGUCCAACAAAGACGGCGUUCCUCCUCUUUCUCGCCAAAGCAUAUCCUUAUAAGUAAACCGUUGGACAGUCUACCGCCGGUUAACAAAUUUUUCUCCCCAAAGACGUAUCCCCAAUCAAUUUCACGAACUAAUUUCCUUUAAACGCCCUGUGUUCUACUUGUUGAUUUCGUUAAUCGAUCUGCUUCUAGAUCUACGUCAAGAUGGUGUUAGCACAAUUAGGGGGGAGCAUCUCGCGUGCUCUCCAGCAGAUGAGCAAUGCCACAAUCAUUGACGAGAAGGUCCUUAACGAAUGCCUCAAUGAGAUCACACGUGCUCUUCUCCAGUCCGAUGUUCAAUUUAAACUUGUCCGCGAUAUGUCCACAAAUAUAAAAAAAAUUGUCAAUCUUGAUGAUCUUGCUGCUGGACACAACAAGCGUAGGAUCAUCCAAAAGGCUGUGUUCGAUGAGCUGUGCAAGAUAUUGGACCCUGGGAAGCCUUCAUUUACACCAAAAAAAGGGAAACCUAGUGUUGUAAUGUUUGUUGGUUUGCAAGGGUCUGGAAAAACUACAACAUGUACAAAAUAUGCUUUUUACCACCAGAAAAAAGGUUGGAAGCCAGCUCUAGUGUGUGCAGAUACAUUCAGAGCUGGUGCAUUCGAUCAAUUGAAGCAGAAUGCAACAAAAGCUAAAAUUCCCUUUUAUGGAAGGUAUAUCCUCUUCUGAAUCUAUUAGUUUUAU